GUCCGCCUGCUGUUCAGGAUCUGGACAAUCUGCAGAGCAUUCGCAUCAUCGGGACGAAAACACAGCUCGCGCCCUCUCUUGGUGAUCAGCCUGAGCCGGGACAGGGGAAGGGGGAGAGUUAGGGCACUUGGAGGGUGCCUCCAUCGGCAUGUCUUCGGACAGGUCAGUUUUGCAGAGCUCAGCAGGAGAAGGGGGGACAAAACCGGAGUUGCUCUGGAGCCGUUGACUCUGGCUGUGAUUGUCAUUGGCUUUGGGUCCCCCGGCUGUUGGCCUUCCCCGCUCCCAGUCCCCGUGGCUGCAACGUCUGGGGCUCAGGAAGGUUUGCCAGGAAGCCCCUCGUCCCCAAUUUGCCAGGUACUCACACAAUUGCCUGGAGGGGGCAUCCCAUCUGCGGCCCCUGGAUGAUGUAAGACCGUAUUCGGUGUGCCAAAGUUAUGGGGAAAGUUCCUCCACUGAUUCCAGUGCAGCAGUCCAGAGCGGUGUUCUCUCUUCCUGAGUCAGAAAAAAGAGAGACUUUUAGCCUUCAGGCCAUGGACCACAGAGGUUCUGUGUCCCCCAACCUCCUAGCAGAUCCUCGAUGUUCCAUGAGUGAGAACCCCACUUGUGGAGAUGAUGAGCUGGACGAGGAGACUGUGAACUUCAUCACAGCCUUAUAUGAAGCUUUGGGGCCUCUGCUGCCUGAAGUGACCAAACUCCAGAACCCCCAGGACCCUCCUGCCCACCUGAUGGUUGACAUGAGGACCAAACUGAGGGAGAUGGGCUCAAGCGUCUCUGACGCUAGGAAGAAGAUGCUGAAAUACAACAUCUAUCUGAAGAGGCGGCUUGCCAGAGCUGUGCAGGAGAAGAAAGCCUGGAGGGAACAGCAACAGAGGCAACAAGAAUGCAAUGAGCAGCUCAGCCCAGUCCCAGUCGCACUGCCAAGGGGGUUCAGGCUAGAGAUGGAGCCGGGGAAAUCCAAUAUGGGGCCAGAGAAGAACAUCCAGGAGAUCCCAUCUCCGGAGCUGGUGAGGACUAAAAUGCCGGAGAGGGGUCAUCGGCGGGGUGUGAGCCUGCAAGACCCUCAUUUUGUUCCAAUGCCCCUCCAGGAGAUAGUGGACGAGCAUGGCCGCGUGUGCAUCGCCCCUCAGGGGCUGCUGCAGAAGAGUGGUUGCCGGCUGGAUAACAUGCCUUCCCGCCCAUCCCUUGACAGAGGCCAAAUGUAAUCACGGAAGGAGAUGCACGGAUCUCUUGGCACACGCGGCUUCCCUGCUCUCCUUUGGGGACGCCCAAGGAUUGACGUGAGACCCAACCAGGCUGAGCUCUGUCCCUUCCCACCCAGUAGCAGCAAUUAAACCUCAUUCCUGCAAUGCGUCUGCGGUGACUGCCUCUUCUUUCCAGCAGGCCCACUCACUCUUGCACAGGUUGUUUUACCCAUGGUGGGUUCUCCAUUAUGGGUCAGUGACGAUGCACACGGACAAUUUUCAAAGGAUGCUAAAGGGUAAUGACCAGAGAACCUGUAAGUUUCUUCAGGUCAAUUCAUACGUCUGUCUUUUACUUCUUUUUCAGCUUGUGACAGCUACUAAAAUUUGGCAGCUCUCUGGGUGAUAUUUCACUCCCGAUUAUUUAACUGUUAUACAGGUUUAGUUAGAGCAUCACCAUUAGGCAUGAAUAAUCUCUCUAUACUGGCAUUCCAAUUAUCUUGUCAUGCAUGAUGCCACUCUCUUUAAGAAGGCUUGACUGUUUUAUGAUUAUAUUAAAGAGCUUUGCUUAUUUUA